AUGGCGCGAGAUAUGGCUCAAGCCGCCGUGACAAUAGUCACACCCGGACUUUCCACCUUUCUCAAAUCUCUUAAGACCACUCCAGUCGAACCGUCGAUUGAGAACUUCAUAUCCCUGCUCAAGCGCCGGCAAAUUCGAAACUCACGACCAUGUGCAAUCGCGACCACCGCUCUGCUACACCGGGUAGUGGGCGAGUUCAAAGGACGAGAUGCCGGGAAGCUCAUCGAGCGGAUACGUGAGGUCGGACGCCGGUUAGUCUCAGCGCAGCCCCACGAAGUCGUCGUUGGAAACAUCGUGCGCCGCGUAUUAGGGCUGGUGAGAGAGGUGGUCGACGAUAGCAAAGACUCGGAGACAAAUGCGAACAGUGAGAUAGCGCAGAUCUCGCAGCAGGAACAGUCACCGUCCCAGUCCGCGCACCGCCCCAACCUCUCCUCAACAAUCUCCUCCUUCAGCCCUCUUAAGCAUGCUGCUGCAGAGCCCGGACAAUUACAUGCAAGUAGACAAUCAGAAGCUACGUCGGAGUCCAGGGAGCUCCUAAAGCGGCCCAUGCUGUCGCAUUCUUAUACCUCGAUCGCUGCCGGCGUACCCAUGAGCCACUCACUCUUUGGACUCUUCUCAUAUCAGGAUACCCCGUCGGCGUCAAACACCCCUACGGGGCAUCACUCACCGACCGGUAAAGGCGGCGCUCUAACCUCCCACAAUCUGGAGAAAUUGGCCGAUUUCAGCAAACCCAACGCCCGCGUGGAUCUAAAGGCUGAGGUGAUGGACGGUAUUCGCGAGUUGCAGGACGAGCUGGAACAGUCUGAUGAACAAAUUGCAAGUAAUGCACUCGAUCACAUCCACUCAAACGAAAUCAUCCUCACGCAUACGGCCUCUACCAGUGUCCAGAGGUUUCUUCUGAACGCAGCUAGAAAACGGAAGUUUACCGUUGUGCAUGCAGAGACCCAUCCACAUGACCACACUGCCACCCAUGGAAUAGUGCUCACUGGACGGAAGCGGUAUAACGAGGAACACGAUGACGAUGAUGAAGGCUCAUCUUGGAAACCGCUCAUUGCUGCUGGGAUCGAAGUCUACGUCAUUCCGGAUUCGCAUGUAUUCGCCAUCAUGUCAAGAGUCAACAAGGUCAUCUUGGCGACACAUACCGUCCUGGCGAACGGAGGUCUUAUUGCCGCUGCCGGCGCCGCCAUGAUCGCUCGCGCAGCAAAAGAGCACCAGACUCCUGUUGUCGUGAUCAGUGGCAUGUACAAGUUGAGCCCACUGUAUCCAUCCGAUACGGACGAGCUGAUUGAGUAUGGUGAUGCGGGAAGCGUGGUGCCGUUUGAGGACGGCGAGUUUGUUGAUAGAGUGGAUGUCGAGAAUCCUCUCUAUGACUACGUCCCUGCCGAUUUGGUGAGCCUAUACAUCACUAAUCUCGGCGGCCAUGCACCAUCCUACUUGUACCGAAUAGUCGCCGACCAUUACCGCCAGGAAGACAUUACUCUUUGA